CUUAUCUUAAAUAUUCUAGUUCAAUUCGAAAAUGCAAGUAUUUACAAUUGUGAUUAUCUAUUUUGGCUGUUCAUUUCUCUAUCUAAGUUCACAUGCGAAAAACCGAUAUUCAAAUAUAUGCGCUGACUGCCCAAUGUUGGAAAAUUGUACAGUAAACGAAACUUUUAUCGAUUCCAUGGAAAAGCAAGAUAAAAGAAAAAUAGUGCAUAAGAAACACGGAGGUGAACCGGCUCCAGAGUUGGAAAAGUGCCUGAAUCCCGGUUUCACAAUAUCUGGCGAAUUGUCGGAUAUUGUAUGCUCUGGUAGCACUGAUGGCAAAUGUCAUCCAAUCUUUCCACCCUCCGAUGUGAAUAAUAGCACAGCCUGCGAGACAUGCAAGGUCCUGUGCGAUUGCUCUGGAGCUUUUACUAUCGCAAAAGGUCUACUUGAUAAUUAUUUUAUAUUCAUAACAGCAUUUUUUGGCAUGACAAACAGCAUGGCAUAAUUUCACAUUGUGAACAGCAUCAAAACAAGAAUAUUUAGUAAAGUCUGACCAUUUGAAGUAUGAGUAAGUGAAUAUCAGAACAAUUAUGAAAGCUUUAGUCCGACUCGGAGAUGCCCUGAACUCUGAAUGA